GCAACGUGCCCAUGACACGUUUUGCUGCAUUCCCGCUUCACGAUCCGAUCACACACGCUGCCGGAUCAUGCUCCGCGCGAUGCCUGACUUUGCCGGUGACCACUACACUUCUUCGCGAGCACAGCGCCCAUGCGGCGGUCCAAAAAAUGAAUCAGACGCCGGGCAUCGCACCCUCGCCCAUUCACCUAGAGCUGUGCCGAUUCGAGCUCGAGAUCUGCUCAUCCUUAGCGGGACGGUGACCGCUUCGUGUGAAAUUACGACGAAGGUCGGGG